AUGGCUCCUCCAAUUCCAGGGGAAAAUCGCAACGAAUUGGGCCCUCAAGAUGUGGUCGUGCAUCGAGAUUCUCCAUCUUCAUCUAUGGCAAGUGCAAUAUCGAAGGAUCUCUCAAAAACCGUCGAAUUGGUGCUGCAAAGGACAAAAUCUGUGCGCAAAGCGAUCAUGAUGACUGAGGAAGAUGAGGUCAAUGUUGGGAAAGUGGAGACUGUAACGGUUCAAAAGCCAGGAACGAGUCAUGUUGAUAAAGCUGGUACAAGUGGAUUGAAGAAGAAAGACGAGACGAAAAAAAGGAAGAAGGUGGCUGAAUCAACCUGGGACGCUGGUUAUGCUUUCAAUUGUGAGAAUCCGAGAACAUCGACAGCCAAUAAUGUUGUACUAGAAGAGCCAUCAACAAGUAAAUUGAAAUCGGAAGAUAAGAUGAAAAAGCUGAAAAGGGUUGUAGAAUCCAGCCAGGAUAGCGAUGAUAGCGACGAUUUUCAGGUGCUCAAAGUGCGGAAAGUCAAGAGGAAGGUGAAAAUUGUUAGUUUUUUUAGAAUUUAGAUUAUUUUAAGUGUUCCAUGUGGAAAAAUAAUAUUCUUUGUUAUUUUAGGUAGAAACUAAGUCGUCCGACGAUAACAGUGACAUUGAGCUGCUAGACCAUCUGAAAAUCGUUUCUAAAGACACAAAAAUAGUAAGUUAUCUUAUACUUUGUUUUUUCUUUUGGUUUUAGGUAGAGGAUAGCUUCAAAAAUUACAAAAUUGGGUCAGAUAUCUGCUGCUGGGUUCGCAUCAUGUCUGAAUGUUGGGGUUUAUCCAUUUGUGUUCGUGAUUUUGCUCUAAUUCAUUGGUAUUUCAGUCGGUUCAUCAGUUUGAUCCGAAAUUUAUGAAGAAAACGGAAAUACAACCAAUACACCCCAAAAAAGCGAAGCUCAUUAUGGAUGAUUUUUCUCAAGGAGUGGAGCGACAUCCUGUUCCAAUCUACAACUAUGGUGGGAAGCGGCCAGUCGACCUUACUUUUUACUAUCUUCCCAAAUGUGCCAUGGAUAAAAAGGAGUUUGAGAAGGUGAUGACAAAACUCAGUAGGAGUUGUAAGAAACAGAACGUAAGUCGUUGAGAUAUAAUUUUUACGACCGAAUGUGACCUUUAUUUGAAUUUGACAGUUUCAUUUUUCAGAUUGUCCAUCCACCUGGUUGUAAUUGUCCUCCGGGUGAAUGCAAUUCCGACUCUUGCUCAUGCCGAAAAGCUUCACUUUUGAAGGUUGCGGAUGGGAGAGCUUUGGAGCCGGAAGCUGUCGCCAAAUGUGAUCCGCUCCAUGAGAUUUUGGAAUGCCGAAGCGGGGUCUGUGCCUGCAACGCGAGAUGCCAACAAAAAAUCACGAAACCCGGAGUGCAGUUCAAGACCGAAAUGAGGAAUUUGGAUAUAAUGGGAUACGGAGUGUUUGCCAGAGAGUACAUUGAGAAAGGUAAGGGAUUUUUCUUGGCGAGGUUAUGAUUUUAGGUACGUUUUUUGGAGAAUAUUUGGGGGAAAUUGUCUUCGACGCCGAAAAGACGCACCGAGAUGACGGAUCGUAUAUGUAUACUGUUGAAGGAAGAAAAGGGGUAAAUGAUUUUGGAAGACUUCGUUUUGCGGAAGCUCGAGGCGGUAACGCUCUUAUUUCUUCAAAGUUGUCUGCAUGGUGCGCGUACAAGCUCGUGAAAGUUUUCGUUGGCACUUUGCAGGGGCUGCCGAGAUAUUCAACGAUCUUUGCAGCCGAGAUAGCAUGGAAAGUGAGGAGAGACGGCCAGAGAAAAACAUUUCUAUAAUAGUAUUAAUUUCUCUUCGGCCGCUCUCAUCAUUUUCCAUACUCUCUCCACGGCAAUGAUCGUUGAAUAUCUGGGCUGCUCCUGCAAAGCGCGGGCUAAAGUUUUCAGGAAUUUGUAUGCUGUCCAUGCAGAAAAAAAUUGAAGAAGUAUGAGCGUCGCAUAUCACUUUCCUAUUUUUUACAUGUCAUAAAAAGCAAUACUUUACGCGUUUUGGUGUUUCAGAAAGAAUCUUUUGACUACACAAUAGACGCCCGAUAUCAUGGCAAUUUGUGCGCCUACCUGAACCACUCGUGUCGGAGCAACUUGAGUCCCUUUUAUUUCAUCCGCGACAAACCCCACUCCUUUCUGUUCCCUCAAAUCGGAUUCAUCGUAACGUCUGACAUCGUGCCCGGAGAAGAGAUCACGUUGAAUUACGGAGAGAAGUACUUUAGAAAGGACAAGAGGACUUGCUAUUGCGGCUUGUCAAGUUGUGAAUUCCCACCAAAGCGAUCAAAAGCACAAGUGGCGGAGAAAAGAAGGAAUGAGCAGGAGCAAGAAGAACGCCGGCGGAUCGAGAUUCCAACAUGGAAAAAGAUAAAAGGUAAGGAUGACAAUGUAAAAAAGUUUUGGCAUGUCUAGAGGAAGAAAAUUUUUUAAGUCUGAAGGAACACAGAUUUAUUAGAGAUUGCAAAAUGACCCCUCAAAUUACAGUUUCAAUUUUUUUUCAGAACAGGAAAAGCUUGCACUUUUGGAGCCUGUUGUCAUAGACUCGGAUUAG